AUGAACAUUAAUAAAUUGACACUUCUAAUUCAAAUUGGAAUUUUGGCGGUAUCAUUCUUUGGCACAUUCCUACUGCAGUCGAUCGGAUUCACAGAAUAUACUGCAUCGUUAGCCAAUUGUCUUUCGGGUCUUUCUGGUACAUUAGGAGCUGUUGUAGGAACUUUUGCCUUAGACCGCCUCGGUCGCCGUCUACUUGUUCUUGGAUCUCUGUUGCUGCUAGCGGCAGUAAACACAUCUAUGAUGUUGCUAGUAUAUUACUUCAAUUAUACAAAAGAAACAUGGAUUGGUUGGGGAUUUCUCGCUUUGUUUAUUGUUUUCUUAUUUCUGUUCAGCGCUGGAAUUGGUCCAACAGCUUGGUUCCUCGGUGCCGAGCUGUCACCUGCUGGAUGUCGUGCCAAAAUGCAGUCAAUGAGCGUCUCUGCACAGUACAUUUCUUGUUUUCUCUCUCCAAUCAUCUACUAUCCGCUGAACGCUUCAGUUGGCGCAUCAUCUUUUUUGGUCUUCAUCCUUCCGCUGACUCUUUCCGCCAUCUACUUUCACAGAAAUUUGCCUGAAACAAAGGGACGUACGACUGAGGAGAUUAUUGCUAUAUUAAGCCAAGACAACCCGAAAGACUCAGAUCAAACCUUCAAUGGAACAAAAUAA